CUGCGCUCUACAUGGUAAAUUAAGAGUGACCACAGUGAGUGAAUGCUAGUCGCGGAAUCGUGUUCUGUUAACAAUAAUUGAAACUUUGUGUUUUUAAUUAGUGUAUAGUGUUUAAUAAAGGAUUUUUUUUCACUAUAAGUUUCAGAUUCAUGUCGUAAGAAUGAAUUAUUACAUACUACUUGUCAUUUUCGGUUAUUUUGGCGUCGUACGUUCGUUUACAAAAUAUGGUAGAAACUGUCAAGAUAUAGGUUGUCCCAGUACUCAAGAAUGUGUUAUGAAGACAGACCCCUGUAGUUUUUAUAGUAGACAAGGAGAAUGUGGUUCAUAUCCGACAUGCGAAAGGAAAGCAAACGCUAUAAGGACAUGUAAAACGCACGUUUGUCCCCCUACGCAAGUUUGCCAAAUGGAUGGGGAUACACCGAAAUGUGUUGAAAAUGCCAAUAAAGCUGGCCAUGUAGGAUAUGCCACUAGUGGGAAUACUAAUUAUUUAUCACAAAAUUCAAACAGCAAUGGUGGUAAUUUGUACCCGCAUAUUCCGAAGAGCGAAACCACCCCAAGACCCAACAUAAAUCGACCUGUCAAUUCAGGUGGUUACCAAGGAGGUCGCAUUGGUUCUGGUUAUCCCGGUGGACAAGUGGGUUCUGGUUAUCCCGGGGGACAAGUGGGUUCUGGUUAUCCCGGUGGACAAGUGGGUUCUGGUUAUCCUCAACAAGUAAAUUACCCCCGACAGGCUUACCCCCAACAAUCUGGUUACCCGCAACAAUCUGGUUACCCGCAACAAAGAAAUUAUCCCGGAUAUACCCAAGGUGCCCCAACACAAAACGGUUACCAACAAUAUGGAGGUUAUCCACAACAAAAUUAUGCGCAGAAUCAAAAAUCUUAUUCACAAUCGAGCGGAAGCUCUGUUUCUGACAAAAUCACCAACGGACUAAAAUCAAUAGGGCUAUUCUGUAUUAUAUUAACUAAUUUUUAUACGAAAUUAAUUAGUUAUUAAAAAAAAGUAUUAAAAAUAUACCUGGACCUGAGAAAUUUUUCGAUGUGGAUUUUUUAAAAAACUGGGUAUCAACUAAAAGGAAACAAAUAAAGCGUUAUAAUAUGCAAAUAGUUCUCGUUUAAUAGUUUUUUUUUAUUUUGUAUAACAGAAUUUUAUUGUUUAUAUACAUAACCAAAUAAAUUUAUUAUUUA